AUGGGAAACAUUAUCCAAGGGUUAAAAACACAUGCGUUAGAUCGUCGCAACGAUCAAUAUGGUAUUUAUCGUUCAAAAUCGGAUCAUCCGGAGCGUGUCGAUCUCGAUAAAGUCGUAAUAGAGCUAUCGAGCGGAGAAAAACUAAGACAACCGUCACAGGCACCAGCGCCCGAUGCGUGUAGCGAAUUCUAUGUGGCAUGUCGUUGCAAUGAAUUUGAUAAAGUUGUAGAAUUACUUCACAGAAUUACGUUUGAUGAGAUAAAUAGAUUGGAACCCAAUGGUAGUACAGCAUUACAUGCUGCAUGCUAUCAUGGUCAUGGGCGAAUUGUAAAAUUGUUGUUAGAAGCAGGCGCUGAUCGGGCCGUACAAAAUAAAUAUAAAUGUUUGCCAUACGAUGAAGCAUUAACGAGUGACAUAAAAGAACUUUUCUUUCGUGUACCAAACAGUAAUCGAUUGGUAUCGAUAACAGGUGCCAUUGAAUGGGAAUUAAUUGAUGUUAAUGUUUUAGAAAAUGCAACUGAAGAGCGACGAAUAAUUAAAUCUGUCUAUGAUCAUUUUAUUCAAACUCAUACAAUUCAAAAAAUGUUUGAACAAAUUGAAAAAAAUUACAUUAAAAAAUCUCUGUCUAAUAUUCGUGGUAUUGAUCAUGUAAAAGAUUUUUUUCGAAAAGCUACAGAAGAACAAGAUCCCCGAUGGAUAAUUAAAGCCUACACAGCUGAAACAGAUUUCUAUUCCUAUCUUAAUACUGAAAUAGCCGGCGGUGCGACUCAAUGUCAAAAUGAGCGGAGAUAUAUUAUUGCAUUACUUUCAUAUCAUUCUUCAUUGGAUACAUAUUCAUUUACUGGUUCUGGUUAUCGUGUAGUACGAAUGACUACUGAUGAUAUCAGCAAAUAUAAACCUAACUGUUGUCUAAUGACGAAAUCAUUUUUAUCAUCGUCGAUUGAUCGAAAAAUUGCCGAAUUAUUUCUACAUCGACAAGAAUUAGAAUAUGAGAAAACUGGUGUCAAGCAGCGUCAGAAAGCCGAUGGAAAAUCGAUUAAAUCAUGGACAAUGUGUAAAUAUACACUGAAACAUCGACGUACAGGUUUACAUGUGGAAAAUUCUUCACAGUAUCCAAACGAAGGUGAAUUAUUGAUAAUGCCCUAUACAGUAUUUAAGAUUCUAAAAGUCUCACAAGUUAAAGCACCAUAUUUGCCGAAUGAGCCAUUCAUAACUGAAAUCGAAUUAGAAGAAUGUGAUCAGUAUAUGGAAACAUGA